AACAGCCAAUGAAAAACUUCAUGGUAAAACUUGGUGGAACUUAAAAUUAGUUUCACCUGCAACUAUAGUCCAGAUUAUCGAGGUUAUUGUCGAUAAAGUGCUACCUCGAAGCAUCGACGACCGAAGCCUUGACUUGCCCACUCGCCAAAUAUGA